CUGUAGUUCGCAAAAAAUAGACACGAAGUUGGCAGACUAGCGCGCUGAAUCCCGGAAUCCACUGCACUCCCUCGCAGCUGCGUGCCGCCGCCCUCUGGCAACCGUCCCCCGCCGCUCCUUCCGAAGGAGAUUGGGAGUCUCCCGCAUCCCCGUCACCUCGCCCUCCGCACCCUCGCCUCCUCCCGCUAUCUCCACUCGCGCCUUCUUCUCUUCCCCGUCUCGCCACGCGCUCUUCACCUCCCGCCCGAGAGUUUACGCGCCUCGCUCCUGCCCCCCUCCACCGCAUUCUCGCUCCGCCUCCUCUUCCCGUUCCCCGACGUCAACCUCUCCGCGCGCCUGCUGCCUGGCGGAGCUGGUGCCUGGCCGAGCUGGUGACUGGCGGAGCUGGUGCCUGGCGGAGCUGGUGCCUGGCGGAGCUGGUGCCUGGCGGAGCUGGUGCCUGGCGGAGCUGGUGCCUGGCGGAGCUGGUGCCUGGCGGGUUGAAAGAGGAGGUGCGCAGUGCACGCGCGGCCUGCCAUGGCUCCCAACGACCAGGACCCCCCUCCGCUCCCAGUGGAGGGAGGGAGCCCAGCGCUGCCGGAGCAGGAGAGGGUAGGAGCAGCACAGAAUGGGGGGCGGUCGCUGGGGGAGGUGGAGGAGGAGGCGAGGGAGCAGCUGGGCUCGAGCGACUUGCUCAUUCUGCUCAACUGGGGGUCACCAGGGGUUGCAGAGGGGCAGCUGGCAGUCGACUUCUCCGCGCGCUUCAACCGCAAGCCCCACCCCAACAGCGCUCUCGAGCGAAUGAUGCACGCGGAGUGGCAGAGGCGCAGAGCGCGGCAGCCCUCGCUUUACAAUGGGUCCAAGUUCCGAUACGGAGGGUUCUCGCUGCAGCCGCCAUCCGCUGAAACCCUCCCGUCUGCUGCUGCGGCGCCAGAUGCACCUGAGGGAGCUUUGCAGGGCCGCCCACGUGUGUGCCUGCACCUGGGGCUCACGGACUACAAGAGCCUCAUCACCACCAACCUCUGCUCUGAUUGGCGAAGCUUCCUCGCAGCACCCCUCUCAGGCAGCGACCCGAGCAAGCGCCUCAAGACAGACGAGGGCGGGGGCAGAGAGGCAGCAGGAGGGGGCAGAGGGGAGGUGGACGGAGGUAUGGGGAGAGCAGAUGGAGGCGCGGGGGGGGGUAGCAGUAGCACUGAUGCCAGUGGGGUCGACGCCAGUGGGGUCGAUGAUGGCGGGGCAAAGGCUGAUGCGCAACAGUGCACACAAGCGGAGCCCUGUGGACACAGUGCUCCCUGUGCCACGUGCCAGCAGGCCAUAGGGCAGCGGGACGCCCACGCGUGUCAGUACAUGGGCGACGCCCUGGGCAAUGCGGCCUUGGUGGUGACGGCUGACAGGCGCUUCCUGCUGCUGCAGAGAGGCACCGCCGUGGGUGAAUUCCCAAACUGCCCUGUUUUCCCAGGGGGACACCCAGAGCCGUCCGAGGCGGGCAUUUCUGCCCCGCCACCAGCGCCGCCUGCCCACUCGCCCCCGCUGGCCCUCUGUCACUGCAUGAUGCCUCGUCCACCUCUCCCCAAGCUCCACCCUCCCCCUCUGACUCGUCCUCCCCCUCCUCCGCGCAACUGAACGCCACCAUCGCGCGGGAGAUGUUUGAGGGCAUGAAGCGAGAGGUGGAGGAGGAGACGGGCACGCCUGCUGACUCGCUGCGCGGCAUGCUGUUUCUGGGGCUGUGCCGGCGCCGCGAGAAUGUGCGCUCGCUCGCCAUGUUCCUCUGCCACUCCUCGCUGACGUCAGCGGAGGUCCUCUUGCGCUACGCCUCUGCGGAGCACAAGUUUGAGUCCACCGGCCUCAGGGCCGUGCCGCUGGUAGGGCAGGCCUCGCUGCUCGCUGAGGCUCGCUCCAUGCCAGGCUGUCACAUGGGCGGCGCUGUGUUGGCAUACUGCCACCUCGCCCUGCAUGGCUAUAUCCCUGCAAGCACAUGAGCUGCCACGGGCAGCUGGUCUCCAACACGCCCCCACAUCCAUGCCCUUGCCACGCCCUGCCAUGCGGCCACAUUCAUGCCCUUGCCACGCCCUGCCAUGCGGCCACAUUCAUACCCUUGCCACGCCCUGCCAUGCGGCCACAUUCAUACCCUUGCCACGCCCUGCCAUGCGGCCACAUUUAUGCCCUUGCCACGCCCUGCCAUGCGGCCACAUUCAUGCCCUUGCCACGCCCUGCCAUGCGGCCACAUUCAUGCCCUUGCCACGCCCUGCCAUGCGGCCACAUUCAUGCCCUUGCCACAUUCAUGCCCUUGCCACGCCCUGCCAUGCGGCCACAUUCAUGCCCUUGCCACGCCCUGCCAUGCUGCCACUUCAACCGCCCCCUGUAUGGCUACCUCGCGCAUCCAUGCGGACUGUCUUGCGGCCUCAGUGCACAUUUGUGCUGCCAUGCCAUGCUGUCACCUCACUUCUCAUCUCACGUCAUCCUUUCUUUCCGCCGCAUCAGCA